CAAGAGCCCGAAAUUUUAUUGUUACACGAAAGUGUGACUGCUGUGAGUGUAUUUAUUGCAAUGGAAAGAGAGCUGUUACUUCUACUCUUUAUGCACUGUUGAAAUCAAAGGAAAAGAAUCCAACUUCUUCACACUGUUGAAUGUAAAACAGAAAUACACGUUACAACUUUUUGACAACUCAUCUGAAAAUCUGAAAAUUUAUUGUGUAAUGCCGCAUUUGUUGCACAAUCCAGUCCAGGAUAAUGUACCAUUAUUUUGGAAAAAACACAGAUUAACAGAAUUAUUCAGUCUCAAAUGGAGCAACAUGAACAAAAUAAUAAUCUUGAAGAAUGUGACAUCCUUCAGCAGUGGACAAGGUUAGUUGCCAGACACUGGAGUCCUUUAAAACCGAUUUAAAAACACAUCUAUUUCGCAAAAACCAUCUGGGGUGAUGCUAUUUACUAUCUUUUUCAGUUAAUGUAUAUUGGCUUGUGUUGCUUAUGGUUGAAACGGGAUGAAAGACUUUGACUCGGUAUGCUCGUAUGUAGCUUUAUAUUGUUGCGUCUGUUUUUAAAUGUGGUAAAUUUUAGAUUUUUUUUAUUUCUCUUUUUAAUAUGGUUGACUUUGUCCCGCGCUUCGAGCUUUUGGGGAUGAAGCAUGUUUUUCAAAUAAACUAUAUUAUUAUUAGUAUUAAUUAGUAGUAUGUAAGCUUAACUUAUCUUUAAAAAUGACAUUGUUUCUGUUGCAUUUCUUGGGAUGCAAAGAAAAGUUUGGCACACCAUAAGAUUAAGGAUAACUUGUAAACAGAAGAACCAUGUUACACUAGUGCAGUCUAAGACAUAACAAUAUGAUUGCUUGGAAAUAACCAAACUAGUCAAAAUAGUUGGGUUUUUGUUUGUUUUUUUGUUUUUUUGCAUCAUAUCAGAAUGUUGAAGUCUUUAUAGCUUUCAAAAUUAAAGUGAUAUAUCAUGUUUGAUGUUGGUCACACUAGUGAGUGGUCAGCCAGAAACAACAAAAAAUAUUAUAGAUUAAUGGGGUAAACAUGGCUGAAGACUUAAUGAUACAAAAAUCUGAUUAGGUACAUAUAUCAUAUAUAAUAAAAUAAAAUAAGCAAUUUUUUAAGAUUCUAUUUAAAGCACCAUGAUUAACUUUUAACAUCUGGACAGCGAUUUGAUUAUAUUAAAGAAAGUUAACAGAUCAGGUAAAAAAUGGCAUGACUACUUAAGGCACAAGGCUUAUUAAUAAUAUAGACCUACCUGUUGGGCCUGUGACAUGUUAUUAUCUAACAGGAUAGUAUAAAUUGGGUGUGUGUUAUAAAUACGAAUUCUAAAAAUAUCAACGAGAGCAAUUUUCUGGUCCCAAAUAAGAAGUACUUUACCUGAGAUGUUAAUGUAUAUAUUUUUAUUUCUCAAAACCUAAGAAUUGCAGAUAUUUUAUUUCUGAUUAUUAUCUUCAUUACAUUUUUAUUGGAAUUUUCAAAACCAUAAUGAUUAUUUUUUUCAGAGAUCAAGAUGAGUAUAAAAAUCAGUUGAUUUUAGAAGACACAGGAGCAAUAUCAGAGCUAGUAUCAGGUAAAAGACGUAAACCAGAUGGAAGCCAUUACUAUGUAGGUGGAGUCGACAUUUCUUUCAUAAAAGGAAAUAACAUUGAUGCUUGUGCCUGCCUCUGUGUGUUGAGAAUGCCUGAUCUAGAGGUAUAUAAUAAAUUAUAAUAAUGUAAGAUUAUUAAACAUUCUGGGAUUUCUUUUUGUUUUUUUUAUUAUAGUAUUAAUACUUAAAAUAAGUGAGAAUUUUUGGGGAGAAAAAAUAGAUCCUUACCCAUGUUCAUUUAAUUGAUGUAAUUCUAAUGGUCCUAGUCAAAGAAUGAAAUGCCUGUAAUAGUGACUGGUUAAAACUAUUGUUUUCUUGCCUUCCUUUAGGGCAGCGAUUUUUUAAAACCUUUUCCGUAUUUACACGACUUGAAAUAUCCACUAAUAACUUAAUUUUAAAGUUAAUUCUGAUUAAAAAAAUUAAUUUACUUGAUAGAAUACUGAUGUAUUUAUAAUUGUAUAAUGUCAUUGUAUCUAUAGUCAAACCUGUUUAUAUACGUUUGGAGCACAUGAGGAGAUAAGAAGUCAAGCGGAUCUUUUUAAAAAAUAAACAUGCAAAGUACAUUCCAAAUUCCUCUUCAAAAUGAUUAUUAAAUGGAAUAAGAAGAGGUUUAUUGAAGUCUUUUUUACCCUCAUGACAAUGCUGAAAAUUAUUUCUGUAUUGACUUUAUCAUCUUACCUUAUCAUCUUACCUUAUAUUCUAUUAUCAUUGAAACUAAUAAAAUGUGUAUUGUUUUCUUCAGUUGGUUUAUGAGAAAAUGGAAAUGAUUCACUUAACUCAGCCGUAUAUACCAGGAUACUUGGCCUUCAGAGAAGUGCCAGCCCUAACUAAACUGUUUAAUGAUCUUCAAAAUGAUGCACCCAAGUACUUGCCUGAUGUGAGUCAAACCGCAGUUUGGGUGGUGCCAAGAUUAGCAACACCAAUGUUGGAAGAUAUUAAAAAUUGUAUCUCUGUGCUUUAACUAAACUAUAUAAUUGUUUUAAAAUUUUUCCUUCUUCUUAUUGAAUCCAUGAAGAAAACAUCUUUCAGGUUUGUCGGCCAUUGUAUGCCAUGUUAAAUUUGUUGCUUCCAAGCCUGCUCUGUCUUAAACUUAAAGGGAGAACGCUGUUUAGUGGCAUGUGUAGGAACGCCAGCCCAAUACCACUGUCUUUCCCAAAAGAACAUUUUAGCGUUUUUUUAAGGUUGGGGGCUGUGUAUUGCUUCCUCCCCAUCUUUCUUUCAAAGAAAAAUGACAUAAAGUCGCAUACAUUAAGGUACACUGUCAUACAUUGGUUUACAUUGACAUAAAUUGAUGUACAUUAAUCAUUAAUGUACAUUGACAUAAAUUUACAUACAUUGCAAAUGCAUGUUGAAACAUGAAAUCAGACAACUAAUUAAAAUUGAUUUUAAAAAUCAUUUUUAAAGGGAUUGGUGCAUUCAAAUGGAUGCAUUUUCUUAAGCCUGUGCAAUUAAAAAAAAAAAAUCACCAGACUUUUCUAAUAAUACCGACGUUUGUAAAAUAUUAAUUUAUGAAAUAAUGUAAAAUAUUAAUUUAUGAAAUAAAAUUUGUGUUUUUUUUUUUUAUUUUCAGGUUAUUCUGACUGAUGGCAAUGGGAUUCUGCAUCCGAGAGGUGAAUAUUUAAAUAAAAGCUUACAGGGUGAUCAGAGAAGUGAAAUCUGGGACCAGGUAAAUGUUAGGUGGCUCUGGGUGUGGAACUCUUCACUAUAAAUACACAAAAAACAGAAGAAUGCCUUCCUUAUAUGAGAUGAGGGUCAGAGAUCUAAGGAGUAUCAAUGUGGCCUGGAAUGUGGAGGAUUCUUUAGUUUAAACAUAAGUAAAAAUGCUUUUUAAAAAUCUUUUAAAAUCCAUUGUAAAAAUGCAUUCAAACAAAAAGUGUGAUUUUUCUUAAAGGGCUUAAAAUAUGUAUUUGUACAUGAUGUUUAUUGGUAGCAUCUCAUAAACUUUAAAGCAAUAAACAUGCCAUGUCUUUACCGUGAUGCUACUUUGACCACCAGGAUUUGGCCUUGCCUCUCAUCUGGGUGUCAUCCUGGGAGUGCCAACUAUAGGAGUGGCUAAAACUUUAAUAUCAGCCCAGGGAGUGACUGAUGACCAGGAGCAUAAAGAUAAAGUAAAUCUCUUUCAUGGCCAACAUGAGCUUUUUAACUGUCCCAGACAUGUAGGACAAAACAGAAUAGGGAAAGUGUUGAACAGAAUGAAUGUCUCUUGUACACCCCCAAAUCAGUAGAACUGUGUCAUUAGCUGCCAAUUCUUGAAAAGUAAUCCGAUUUGAAUUACCAUUCAAGUCUGCUUGACAUUAUUAGGCUCCAGAUUUUGAGCAAUUCAAAGUCAAGAAACCAGAUUGAUGAGUUUCUUCAUCAAAAUCUUUUUGAUUAGCUCAACCUUUUCUUCAUAGUGCCUAGAACCCUGUAGUUCUUAAUCAUUUGAAAUCUGUAGCAAGGAAGCAUUAUUUAAAGUGGUUUUUUAAAACUAUGUUAUACUAUAAUAAUUUUCUCAAAACAUGUUUAAAACCACAAAGACAUUAAGGUCCAUUUCUAAAUUAGUAACACAAUUAUAAAAUAAUUUUUUAUAAAUUCUUUUUGACUAAUGUUUUCAAUAAGACUGGAAUGCUUACAGUUACUGUUGAACAUGAAAAUUUGAGUAUUGCUAUAAACUUUCUUGUAUAGUUUAUUAGUACUUAAGAUUUCAUCAAUUUGUUGUUGAAUGUUACGGACCAGUAUCUGGACUAUUUGCCAGGAAAUUUACAAAUGGAGUCUAGAGAUGAUAUUAAUGGACAAUUUAUCUAACAAUCAUUUGCAGAAGAAGCAGUUACAGGAGGCUACAGAUGGAUUUGACCUAAUUUCUGAUUCAGGAGAAGUUCUGGGAAUGGUAAGUAAGAUAUAUUUUAUGGUGUAGCCUUGUGUUUGUAGGUUGCUGUGUCUAGGUUUAUUUUUGUCAGUUUCUGUGUCUAGGUUUAUUUUUGUCAGUUUCUGUGUCUAGGUUUAUGUGUGUCACUUUCUUUGUCUAGGUUUAUGUUUGUCAAUUUCUGUGUCUAGGUUUAUGUAUAUCAGUUUCUGUGUCUAGGUUUAUGUUUGUCAGUUUCUGUGUCUAGGUUUAUGUUUGUCAGUUUCUGUGUCUAGGUUUAUGUUUGUCAGUUUCUGUGUCUAGGUUUAUGUUUGUCAGUUUCUGUGCCUAGGUUUAUGUUUGUCAGUUUCUGUGUCUAGGUUUAUGUUUGUCAGUUUCUGUGUCUAGGUUUAUGUAUAUCAGUUUCUGUGUCUAGGUUUAUGUUUGUCAGUUUCUGUGUCUAGGUUUAUGUUUGUCAGUUUCUGUGUCUAGGUUUAUACAUUUGUUCUUAAGCUUUUUUUUAAAUGUUCUUUUAAAAUUGUUUUUCAGUGUCUUAGAGUUCAUGACAAGGCACCGAAUCCCAUCUACAUAUCUGUUGGUCACAUGAUUAGUCUGAAAUCAGCAGUGUGGAUAGCUCUGGAGUGCAGCAAAUACAGGAUACCUGAGCCUGUUAGAAGAGUAAGGUGACUUGUUUGUAAAAAUACAGUAAAAAUAAGGAUUUUAAGUUUGCCAAAAACCUGUGUUGUGAAGAUUUAACCAAUCACUUGCAUUGUGUUCUGUUAAGUUUGCUACACAAAUAAGUUCUUUUUAUACAUAAUGUUGUAAUGACUAGAUGUACCUCUUUUUUUUGCCUUUUACCUGAUAACAAUAAUUAAUUAUUACAACUGGGAGAACAUUUAAAAGGGAAAUAAGCUUUAGUUAUGAUUCUACAAAUUUAAACAUUUCGGCAAAUGCCUUCCUCAGUGCAAUAAAAAAAUAUUCAUAUCUGUAUAGUUGGCAAAAUUGUUGUUUCCAUAGAAUUAUCUUGAUCACCAUCAGAGUGAAAUUCUUUCUGAGCCAGAGAUAACCAUGUUCUGAUCCAUAAUUCAAAGUUGAGUGGGAAACAUACCAAAACUGGUUUGCAUUCGUGAUAUAAUUUAUUAUUGCGAUGCUAUCAGGCAAUACUUAUUUUAAUAAGUAAAAAGGAACUCAAAAUACUGCAGUCAAUGGGUCUGGCCACUUAUUGCAGCAUGGGGAGAGGGAAGUGAAAUGCCCACAAUUAGUACCAUUCUGAAAUAUUUUAACAGCCUUGACCACUUGAACUUAAAUCAGAAUGAAACCAAUACCCUGCCCUCUCCUUGUCUCUUGCUACAUGUCAAAGGUUCAUCUCUUAAUUGAAAGGCUUUUCUUUUCACUGCUGUCCUAUGUUCAUGACAACACCACAAUAGGUUCAUGACAACACCACAAUAGGUUCAUGACAACACCACAAUAGGUUCAUGACAACACCACAAUAGGUUCAUGACAACACCACAAUAGGUUCGUGACAACACCACAAUAGGUUCAUGACAACACCACAACGGGUUCAUGACAACACCACAACGGGUUCAUGACAACACCACAACAGGUUCAUGACAACACCACAAUAGGUUCAUGACAACACCCCAUCUGGUUCACCAAUACAAAUGUUUGCCUAUCUAUUAAAUUGAUAGUUUUAUUUCCCUUCAAUAUUGCAGGCUGACCUGGAUUCAAGGGAAUAUAUAAGACAAGGAAAAACAGAACCCUAUGAGUUUAUUGCAUAGAUGACAAGACAAAACAGAAGCCUAUGAGUUUAUUGCAUAGAUGACAAGACAAAACAGAACCCUAUGAGUUUAUUGCAUAGAUGACAAGGCAAAACAGAACCGUAUGAGUUUAUUGCAUAGAUGACAAGACAAAACAGAAGCCUAUGAGUUUAUUGCAUAGAUGACAA